AUGGAGAAAGACCCCGGCAGGCUGCCCAAGGUUGAAGAGGCCAGCAACCACCACGAGGAGGAGGAGGAAGAUGACGAAGGCGAGACCCCUUGCGGCAGCGCGCCACAGAAGAAAGAGGUUUCAUCCCCCCCCCACGGGGUUGCGGGAGCUGCGCCGGAAUUGGAGGCGGCCAAGGGCGCCAAGGCGGGAGCAGGCAGGCGCACCUGCCAAAAGUGCAACACCGCACCCUCGGUCUUCAACUGGCGCAACGAAUACAUCUGCUGGGCGUGCUUUCGUAAUCUGUUCGACAAACGGUUCAAGACCAACUUCGUGAAGGGGCGCAAGAACAAGCGUGAACACGUGCGCCUGCUCCUCGCCUUCUCGGGCGGUCCCUCGUCCAGGGCGCUGCUGCACGGCGUGGCGCAGUGCACGAUGGGGCGCGGCACGAAGGCCCUCUACGACGUGCACGUGCUGCACAUCGACCAGUCCCGCAUCACCGGCAUCCCCGACGCCGACCGGGUGGAGCAGCAGGAGGAAAUGAAGCGGGUGGUGGAGAGCUACGGGUUGCGAUUGGACAUCCUCCCGCUGGAGGCCGUCACGUCGCUUCCCGGCGUCGUGCCGGAGGGAGCGGUGAAGGAGAAGGAGGAGAAGGAGGAGGAGGACAGUGGGCUUCAGCUGCAGCGACUGUUCGACCGCACCACCACCCUCACCUCGCGCGAGGACCUUCUGGCCUACCUCCGCACGCACCUUCUCGCCUCCGUCGCUGCCCAGCGCGAGGCGUCGUGGGUGUGCGUCGGGGACUCGGCCACGCGCAUCGCCGUGGACAUGAUCGCCGACACGUGCAAGGGACGAGCGUUCGGCCUCCCCGACCGCCUCUCCUUCAUCGACACCCGAUACCCCGGCCUGCUGUGGGUGCGGCCCAUGAAGGAGUUCCUGGCGCAGGAGGUCGCCCUCUACAACCACUUCGCGCAGCUGUCGGCCGUGUUCAUUCCCCAGCUGGACACCAAGACCUCCAAGAUGGCCUCCAUCAACCACCUCGCCGAAGCUCAUUGGGGGGAAUGGGCGCGGGCGGGUAUACUAGCGUUCCUGGCGGGGCUGCAGGCGGACUUUCCGCACACGAUCCACACGCUCCUCCGCUCGGGCGACAAGCUCUCCCUCCCCGCAACCCUCCCCUCCGACUCCCGCCACUACUGCCGCUUUGCCACGGUUCCGGACCACUACGCGCGCGCAUGUAGUGCACUGGCCCCGGCGGAGGUGAAGGCGGCCUGCAAGGCCUCAGCGGCGGCGCCCAGCGUUGACGCCGCGCAGGACUCGUGCUGCGGCGGAGGUGGCGGAUGCGGGGGCGGAAGUGGUGGUGGUGGCGAGGCUUCGAGCGACGGUGCCAGCUGUGGGGGCGGCGGAGGCUGCGGCAGUAGCGCCAGUUCAGCAACGCGGGGAGCGCAGGAACACAAACAGUCGCCCGUGGUGGUGGUGGCCGGGCUGGUGUGCUACGGCUGCCGCAAGCUGCUGGCCGAGAGCGAACCCGCCCUACUGCCCUCCUUCGUGGGGCAGCAGGCCCUGGGCCUCUCCCGUUCCCUCCGCCUCCGGGAGGAAAUCAGCAGCUACCUCCUGGACGACGACGACGACGGCGGCGGCGAUGAGGAGGAGGAUGCUGCCAGCUGA